UGCAGUUGGGAGAUGCUACUACUCACUUACUCACAGGCACAGACAUGCGCAAGAUGGAACCACACAGAUACUUCACCUCCAUCCUCAUAGUGCUGGCGGCUCUGGUUGGCUGCAGCACCCAGAAUAAACUACAGAUUAUCCCCUCGCGAGGACAUAUGUACUUGGGAGAAAGCCUGACUUUUCUGUGCAAAGCUGGGUCUGAGGGCACCAUGAAGUGGCUGAAUGGUGAAGAUGAAGAAAUACAGUCGGAUGAAAUAAAAGAGAUCGACGAGAGCACCAUCAGCAUUGGCCUUACUGCUGACAGUCUAGAGCCGAGAGUCAUCAAGUGUCACAUGGAAUAUGAAUCAGGAGAGACGGAGGAAACAAAACUCACCUUGAGCAUCAUCGAGAAGUCACAAUUUGUAGGUGACCUGGAGAAGCAGAAAACAUUUUCGUCUGGUACCUCAGUCCAACUUCCAUGUCAGGCAAAGGGGAUUCCUCUUCCUAAAAUCUCCUGGAUUCGUAAUGGGGAAACUGUGCCAAGUUCACAAGGUCAUAUAUCUGUCAGUACCGAUGGGACUUUAAACAUAAACAACAUUCAGUUGGCAGAUAGUGGGGUGUACAGCUGCCGGGCAUGGAUUGAGGAGCGCAAAGAAGAGGCUUUUAGGAAUGUCUCUGUCAUUGUGAAUGCUCCUCCAACUGCUUGGUUCCAGAAUUCUGAUCUAAAUGUCAAUUUAAAAUCGGAUGCAAACCUUACCUGCCGGGUGACUGGGCAUCCCCUGCCAAAAGUGACCUGGACAAGAGGGUCAGGUCCUGUGACACAUGAUGGACAGAAGUACGUCCUCAGUGCUACUGGACAGGAGCUGUCGGUUCUUCAGCUGGAUGUGUCGGAUGAAGGGGAAUAUAUUUGCAGUGCUCAAAAUAAAUUUGGCCAAGUCAGCGCCACUUUGACUCUGCAAGUCAUUGAAGCCCAGACCCUGAGCAAAGGAGUGCUCAUUGGCAUUGUGCUGCUCAUAAUCUUGGUGCUGCUUCUUGUUAUUGACUUAACUUGUUAUCGAACCAAACGCAGAGGUUUCCUUAUGUUCCUCACCAGCAAGGUGCUAAGGAAUCAAAUCCCACAAGUCAAGCUCGAGGAGAAUGAAAAGAAGGCAUCGGCUGAGAAGAGUCAUGUGGUGAAAAUCUCAGGGGUAGAAGCCUGAUCCCACCAGACUAAACAAGAAAGAUGUUGUAUCUGAUGAAGAAGGGCAUAAAGAUGAUGAUAAAAUAUUGUCACUAAGACUCCAAGCCCCCUGUACCUACUCUACAUGUUUGAACAUUCCCUAAAUCAAAUAGUAAUUAUUCUUAUUGUGAAGAUAUAUAAGGAACCCUAUCUUUUUUUUUUAUUAUCCAUUGAAUUAAUAGUAAAAUAUGAGGCCAUAGCUUUGUAGGCGAAGAUAUUUCCUCCUCUGCUUACUUUAACGUGCUUAUGAGAUGGAGCUUCCAUUGCUUCCUUCAACAUAAGUGUAGACUUACACUGGGGGAUAAGGUAUACUGAGGUCCAUAGAAGAUGCCUCAUCUCAAGCCAACAAUAAGGAAGCCCUCUCUCAAAUACAAAUAUGCAGUGAAUGAAUAUCUUGUGUAUACAAUAAGUUAUUUCUUUCAAAUUCAAAUCUUUUUAGGGUUUGGGGUUUUUUUGGGGGGAAUUUCCACUCAUAUUUAUUUCAGCUAGCUGCUGUCAAUACUGUGCACACCCUGUAAAUAAACCAUGAUCACAUGUUCUAGAAAGAGAAACCCGACUGAGCAAGUGUGGCUCUGGCUUGAGACAUUGCCCAGAGUUGAGAUGGUCACCUGAGAGAUUGUUGACCAAUACACUCUGCAGACUAGUCUGAGCAACUGGCAUCCAACCCAACCAGAGUCAUGUGUACAGGAUUGUAGAAUAAGAACAUGUAGGAAGUUUUUAAGGAAAAAUUGGAAGAGCAGUCAGAUCCCUUGGCAUCUAGAGAAACUAGAGCUAGAUGGAGGCAGUAGGACAAGGUGGGGACAGUAUGUCAAGAUGGAGGCAGUAGGACAAGUUGGGGACAGUAGGUCAAGAUGGAGACAGUAGGACAAGUUGG